AAAAUAUAAUUACAAAUUUAUUUUCUAUGAGAUUUCUUUAAAAAGUAAGGAGUAGAAAACCAUCGUCCGCAGACCACAAAUGUUAAUAUGGCGCCCAUACGUGCGGCUUGUCACUGGUAGUUUAUUUGAAAAAAAAAACAUCAUCAUGGAAGAGAGAAGUAGAUUAGAUCAAAAUGAUAUGUGGAAAGUGAGUAGCGAGACUCCAGUCCAGAGCAGUCCAGAACAAGGUGGGCCUUCUUUUUUGAAUAAUACUAGUGAUAGGUGGGAAGAAUUUCACCCAAACCCAAACUUAAAUACGAAUCCAUUUUCUCCAACUUAUACGGAAAAUUUAGAGCAAAAUUCAACCAGCAUUGACCAGAAAAUGCAGAGUAUGGCGAAGACUUUCUUAAAAGCGUUUCAGAGUGUUGCUGGCAGUUGUUUUCAGAAGUCUACGCCGAAAUUAAGUAUCACAUAUUCAGGUUUUGAACAUGAGGAUCCGCUGAGAUUUUUGGAAAGGUUGAGUCACUAUUUUAAAGAAAACAGUGUACCACAGGACGAACAGUUGUAGCUGAAAUAAGUGCUAAAUUAUAUGGCCAGAUUCAAAAUAAGGAAGCCGUAGAUGUAUUUAUCACAAGGAAAUGGGCAUUAUUUCAACGAAUAGCGCCAAAUACCCCAGAUCAGGCCAAGGCAGGGACUAUUUUAAGCCAACUACAUCCGGAAAUAAGAGCAGCCUUGAGAUCUCCUGUUUCAUUUUCCAAUCCUGAAGAACUUAUCAGAGUAGCGUAUCAAGUGGAGAGAGGCCUGAGAGAAGUUAAAACGAAGCCUAUGUUAAAAUUUCCGGUAAGUGCAACAGCAAACUUGCAUUCUCAAAAUAGAAACGAACCACCAUCACCUUGUAGAUAUUGUGGUGAACUUCACUUCCAUCGUAACUGUCCACGAAAUCCUUACAAUCAGGGAAACUUACAGAGGGCUCCGCAGAACGGGACCUCUUAGCGGAAUUAAGCCCAUUAAAUUUAUACCCUCAUGCCGUGAACCUUGCGUCAGUUUCAAAUAAUAAUUUUAAUGUUAACCAUUCUAAUUCUUUAAAUUCAACUUGCUUUGCUACACACCCAGAAAAUAAAUUGCCUAAAUUAAUUAUUACUUACCUUGGAAAGACAUUUCAAGCACUUAUUGACACUGGAUCUGCUGUAAAUUUAAUUCGAAGUUCAGUUUUACCUUCAAAUUUGUUACAAAGUUGUGUUCCAUCUAAUAUAAAUCUGU